AUGCUUUCUACAAUCUUGCCUUUACCUGCAUACCAACUGUGUGAUCAUCUAAAAGUUGUAUUUGUUAGAGAAGAACAACCAACAAAAGAACAACUAAAAAAAGUGUUAGGUGUAAGAAGAAAUAAAAUUGCUACAGCUCUAGAAUGGUUAGUAAACUACAACAAUUUAUAUAGAAAAAUUAACAUCAAUAAAACAAUACUAGAAACACUGCCAGAAAAUGGGAUACUUUCUGCUUUAUUGACUAUGAUUGUUAUAGUUGAUAUUAAUCCUGAAAUAGUGAAACACUAUACAGGAUAUAUGGUAGAUCCAAUUAAUGAAGACAAUAUGAGUAAUAGUAUAGAUCAUAAAAAUGAUAUAGAACAAAAAUAUGAAAAAACUAUAUUUGAAACGCAUAAUUCUAUAAAUGAUUUAACUGAAUUGAGAAAUUUGAGUAUGAUAUAUGACAAUAAUAUUUUUAUUUUAGAACAAGAAUGUUCAUUAAAAUUGCUUGGAAAAAUGAUUCAGGAGAUAACUGAUUACAAUUCAAAUGCAAUUCUAAUGCCACAUUUGAAUACACCUAAAAACGAAUACACAGAUCUGACUCUUUUACCUGCCACAUUUCCUAUUUUGUUUUCUUAUGGAAUUAGUGGUCAUGAAGAUAAUUACUGCAAACAAUACAUACCAUUCAAGCAAUAUAUCAAACAUUUAUUGCAGCUUAAUAAUCCCAAAUUUAGACAACAUCAUUUAUUUAUUUUCGCUACAUUCGAUAUGUUAUGA